CCACGACCUCGACAACCCCUUGCGACACCACCCAGAACAUCUGUCGCAAUCAUGGCUGUCGGCAAGAACAAGCGUCUUUCAAAGGGAAAGAAGGGUCUCAAGAAGAAGACCGACGCCUUUGCGAAGAAAGACUGGUACUCAGUCAAGGCCCCUUCGACAUUCCAGAUCCGAGAUGUUGGAAAGACCCUCGUCAAUCGCACCACCGGUCUCAAGAACGCCAACGACUCUCUGAAAGGAAGGAUAUUCGAGGUUUCAUUGGCCGACCUUCAAAAGGAUGAGGAUCACGCCUUCCGCAAGGUCAAGCUACGGGUCGACGAAGUCCAAGGAAAGAACUGCCUCGCCAACUUCCACGGUCUCGACUUCACAUCCGACAAGCUCCGAUCUCUUGUUCGUAAAUGGCAAACCCUGAUCGAUGCCAACGUAGUUGUCAAAACUACGGACGACUACCUCCUCCGUCUCUUCACUAUUGGCUUCACGAAACGCCGCCCAAACCAGAUCAAGAAGACCACAUAUGCUGCCUCAUCGCAGAUUCGUGCUAUCCGAAAGAAGAUGGUUGAGAUCAUGCAACGAGAGGCCUCAAGCUGCACACUGUCGCAGCUGACCACCAAGCUGAUCCCGGAGGUUAUUGGACGUGAGAUCGAGAAGGCAACCCAGGGUAUCUACCCUCUCCAGAAUGUAUACGUCUGCAAGGUGAAGCUAUUGAAGCAACCCAAGUUCGACCUCGGUGCUCUUUUGUCCCUCCACGGCGAGUCCUCGGCAGAUGAUUCUGGCAAGGCUGUUGAGCGCGAGUUCAAGGAGACAGUACUUGAGGAGGUGUAAAGGGAUAUGGAUAUAUGGAUGCUUCUUUGGUCAUUCGUCCCUGUUAGCAUGGGAUUGGUGUUUGAGUGUUUCUAAGAGAAAAAUGGGACCAUCAAAACGCCUUAGACAAUGCGCUCUUGAUAUGUGAUCACGAUGUCCGCAGGCAAUGCCUACGUUCUCCCUGUCUCGCAUUCCUAUCAAUGGAACGCUGCUGUAUGUGUCCGUCGCCAUUCGCAAUAAUCACCAAUAUCGACCUUAUCUAUCCUAAUGAGAGAAUACUCAGCUCUUCG